GCCGGUCACGCUGUCAUGGCGGCGCCGAGGGAUGUCUCUGCCGGCUGCCGCCUGGCCCGGGUGCUGACGCGGGCGCUGGCCCUGGUGCUGGCCCUCCCGACCGGGCUGUUCCUGAGCGGCCCUGCGGGCGCGAUCCCAUUGCGGGGAGACGGAGAGGAGCAUGGUCGGUCGGCCCCAUCCGGCUCCCGCUGCCGCUCUGUGCUCGUGGAUGCCGAGUCGGGCCAGCUGCGCCUGGUGGACGGCCGCCACCCCGACGCCGUGGCCUGGGCCAACCUCACCAACGCCAUCCACGAGACCGGGUGGGCCUUCCUGGAAGUGGGUACAAGCGGUGACUACAAUGACAGCCUGCAGGCCUACGCCGCGGGCGUGGUGGAGGCCUCUGUAUCCGAGGAGCUCAUCUACAUGCACUGGAUGAACUCGGUGGUGAAUUACUGCGGUCCCUUUGAGUAUGAAGUCGACUACUGCGAGAGGCUCAAGCGGUUCCUGGAGGCCAACCUGGAGUGGAUGCAGGAGGAGAUGGAGUCGAACCGGGGCUCCAUGUACUGGCACCAGGUGCAGCUGACCCUCCUGCAGCUGAAAGGCCUGGAGGACAGCUACGAAGGCCGUGUGUCCUUCCCAGUGGGCCGGUUCACCAUCAAACCCUUGGGUUUCCUCCUGCUGCAGAUCUCAGGGGACCUGGAAGACCUGGAGCCAGCUCUGAACAAGACCAAGACCAAGGCUGUCCUGGGCUCGGGCUCCUGCUCCGCCCUCAUCAAGCUGCUGCCUGGGCAGCAGGACCUGCUGGUCGCACACAACACCUGGAGCUCCUACCAGAACAUGCUGCGCAUCAUCAAGAAGUACUGGUUCCAGUUCCGGGAGGACCCCCAAGGGGACUCGCCCCUGGUGCCUGGCAACAGGGUGAUCUUCUCGUCCUACCCCGGCACUAUCUUCUCCAGUGAUGACUUCUACAUCCUGGGCAGCGGGCUGGUCACGCUGGAGACCACCAUCGGCAACAAGAACCCCGCCCUGUGGAAGUACGUGCGGCCUGAGGGCUGUGUGCUGGAGUGGGUGCGCAAUGUUGUGGCCAACCGCCUGGCCCUGGACGGGGCCAGCUGGACGGACAUCUUCAAGAAGUUCAACAGUGGCACGUACAACAACCAGUGGAUGAUUGUGGACUACAAGGCAUUCAGCCCUGGCUCGCCCGGCCCCGGGAGCAAGGUGCUCACCAUCCUGGAGCAGAUCCCGGGCAUGGUGGUGGUGGCUGACAAGACCACGGAGCUCUACCAGAAGUCCUAUUGGGCCAGCUAUAAUAUCCCAUCCUUUGAGAGCGUGUUCAAUGCCAGCGGGCUGCAGGCACUGGUUGCCCGGUACGGGGACUGGUUCUCCUACAGCAAGAGCCCCCGGGCCCAGAUCUUCCAGCGCAACCAGUCAUUGGUGCACGACCUGGACUCCAUGGUGCGGCUGAUGAGGUAUAAUGACUACCUCCACGACCCCCUGUCCUGGUGUGACGCCUGUGUCCCCCAGCCCAACGGUGAGAAUGCCAUCUCGGCCCGCUCAGACCUCAACCCUGCCAACGGCUCCUACCCUUUCCAGGCCCUGCGGCAGCGCGCCCAUGGAGGCAUCGACAUAAAGGUGACCAGCAUGUCACUGGCCAAGGCUCUGAGCUUGCUGGCAGCCAGUGGCCCCACGUGGGACCAGGUGCCCCCGUUCCAGUGGAGCACCUCGCCCUUCCAUGACAAGCUGCACAUGGGCCACCCAGACCUCUGGAAGUUCCUGCCCAUCAAAGUCCUGUGGGACUGAGGCCCCAGUGCCCCCAACCUCCUGUUAGGAGCCAUUCUCUGCCAUACUCGCUCCCGAUGGGGGUCUCAGAUGGCUGGACUGGCCUCUUUGUCAGAGUGGUCUCCUCCCAGGAGGGACACAGGACUGCUGGCUGCAGAAGUGGCUCACCGACUCCCUCGCUGCCUCUCUGCCUCCCACCUCUGGGACCCCAACUUCCUGCUGCUGCUCGCUCCCAAGGGGGAGGCCGGGUCCUGAAGGCACCUGUGUUAUCCCAGGGAUGAGCUGAUGAGGUCUCUGUCCCUGGCCUGGCUCCCGGCCUCGGGGUGGCAUUGCCAGCUGCCAUGGCUCCUUUGGGGCCCCUGUGACUCAGUGAUACGCUCACCUCCUUUUCUUGGCAGUUUCCUUGAGCACGGAAACUUGAAAGUAACCGAAAACCAAAGCUCCUGGCCCCUCAUGGCUGGAGGGUCCCGUGUGCCCACUGCACUCCAGGGCAGGCAGGAAUGGCAGCCCUGCUGCUGCCCCCGCCCCUCCCCAGCCUGGACCUGCCCCGGCCUGAGCGCAGGGCCCACACUUCCCCCGGAUGUGGAACCAAGCACAGGCUGUGCUGCAUUAAACCGGAGAGGCCGA